UCAUGUCAUUCGCAUUCAAAGAAAAGGGUAACCACCUCUUCAAAGAUGGCGAUUAUGCCGGGGCGGAGGAGAUGUACUCUCAAGCCAUUCAAAUGAACCCCAAAGAACCUAGUUUCUUCACCAACCGCGCAGUCACACGACUCAGGCUCGAGAAAUGGGCAGGCGCCGAACAAGACGCUCGCAUCGCAAUCGAACUCAACGGCGGUCCCAAGGCGACCGCAAGCCUCAAGAGCUCCCUUUACCUAGCGCAGGCAUUACUGGAAUUGCAACGCCCACAGGAAGCCUACGAUGUCGCUAUUGACGCUUACCGAGCCAGUCUCAGCGCCAUGAACGCUCAAACCGAGAACUUAUCCAAAAUCGUCCUACGAGCAAAACAGCAGAUUUGGGCAGCAAAGGAGACAGCGCGACUUCGGGAGAUGGAUGACACGCUGGCGAGUGUUGAACAGUCAAUCGAAGCCGAUCUGGAGCGGCAAUUGAAGGAACUCAAGAUGCAAUUGGAUAAUGGCGAUAUCGGGGAGAUUGGCUUCAAUGAAGACCAGAAAGCAUUGCGAGAAGAGGCUGAAAAGAAAAUACGUCAUAUUCGGGACGCUUUCAAGAUUGCGUCCGAUGGUAAAGUUGCGGAACGGGUUGUUCCUGACUAUCUCAUUGACAACAUCACAUUCGAAGUGAUGCAUGACCCCGUCAUUACAAUUUCCGGCCACAGUUACGACCGUCUCGGUAUCACGAAAUAUCUCGAACAAUCCCGCAUUGACCCCGUCACUCGCCAGCCCAUGACAGUCAAGGAUUUGCGCCCUAACUAUUCACUCAAAGCGGCAUGUGAAGACUUUUUGAACAAGAAUGGCUGGGCUGUUGACUAUUAGUUUUCUCCCCUACGUUCCUGCGUUUGUUUGAUCAAUCAUUUCCUGUUUAUACUUUUAUUAUUAUCUUUUAUUAUUCCCCUUGGUAUUUUUGGAAGCAUAUUGUUUUGGCGUUGGAAUAUUUUUUACCCCUUUUCUCAUGUUGGGCGUCGCGAAGGUUCAGGCAUAGUAUGACGUGAAGAACACGAGCAUAUCUUGAUUUGGCACGUGACAAUUUUGAUAUUGUAGCAGGUAAAUACAAUAUUCUUAUCUAUCCUCUAGUCUUGAAAUAUGUAGAAACUUCAGUGGU